CUGGUCAAGCAAGUCCGGCUUGCAUUAUUCAUGCUGACCUUCUGAGGGAUUGCAUAAAUGUACAAAUGCGCGUCUCGCUUUUGUUCAGGGAAGAAAUUUUGAAACAAACCACUUACGAAUGCGAGAUUAUACCUGCGCGAGUUGUUUACGGGGCUAUAAAAUUUCACGUGCAAAAUUUCGGCCGGGUAUCGCCGUCGGCAAACCGGGCCCAGAGACUUCAAGUGAGAGGAGAAACAAAAUUCACCGAAUGCUGGGAUAGAUAUAUAAGCAAGAGGGAACAUGACACACAGCAUCAGUUUACCGACAAACACGAUCUAAGCACAACACCAGAAAUGGCAUUCAAGCUCAUCGCCCUCGCCGCCCUCGUGGCCGUCGCCAACGCCGGAGUCCUCGCUCCCGCCCCCCUGGCCUACCAUGCUGCCCCCGCCUACGGCUACGCCGCCCCCAUCGCCAAGGCCGUCGACGCCGACUACGACCCCAACCCCCAGUACAGCUACUCCUACGACGUCCACGACACCCUGACCGGAGACGCCAAGAGCCAGCAGGAAACCCGCAACGGAGACUCCGUCGAGGGCAGCUACUCCCUGAUCGAGGCUGACGGAACCCGUCGCGUCGUCCACUACACCGCUGACCCCCACAACGGAUUCAACGCCGUCGUUGAGAAGGAACCUGCAGGCCACGGACACGUCGUCCCCAAGUACGCACCAGCCCCCGUCAAGGUCGCCGCCCCCGCUGCCCACGUCAGCUACGCUGCCCCCGCUCACGGAUACUACCACUGAUAUGUUUAGUUUAGGAGACUUGAAUAGCGCUUUUAUUUUAUAAUUUCCUGUAAAUAAACCUUAUUUACCAAUUAA